UUUCCUGCGGGACAAGUUGAGUCAGCGACCGGGUUCUGUUCCGGACGGACGUUCGAUUCGUGGUGUUAUACCCACCUUUACUUUUGGGUGGUGGCAGCUAAUCUAAAGGGACCACACUCCACCCAUCAUCUGUGCUAGGACUUAUUGGAAACUGUUGUUGCCCUCCGUCUGGGGUUGUGAGUCGUUGUCGUUAUUGUUGCUGCUGUUGUUAAUAUCUUGGGAGGGGAGGGUUUGCAAAAACAGAAGUGGAGGGGGUCGUAUUGGUUUAUCUUUGUACAAUCUUUUGGACAGUGUGCUCACCUCUGGAUCAGAUUUUUGCGAUUGUUGCGGCGGUGUGUGUUUGGGCGAAUUUCGGUGGUUCAGAUUGCAUCUCCGAUAUCAUUUUUUCAAGUGGAUUUUUUCUUCACCACUCGGAAAAUCGUCCCAGUCAUUGGAGCAGCAGAAACAUUGGAGUGGGUUCCGUGUCUCGAGUGGUCGUCGGUCGUCGUGGCAGAUGUUGCCCAGGGCAGGGCCAUUUGGCGUAAAGUGAGGCACUCUGCUGGGAUCUGAUUUCCUCCGUGGAGUGAAAAGUGCACAGUUUAAUAAAGUGGAAAAUCGGAAAAUUGCAAGCAUCUUGAUGGUGUACCUAUCAGAGCCCGGGCCAGAAGUGACCGAAGACGACCGAAGAAGAGAAAGGUGAUUUUUCAUAUUUUCUGCUCCUGUGCACCUUUUCCUGUCGCUCUCCGGAAGAUAUCGACACAAGUGCAUCUGGUGGAAAUUCCCUUCCGAGGAAAGAAAAAAAACGUCAAGAAGAGAAAUAACAGAAUCGAAACCAAUCAAGUGAAAAUUUAUCAAAAGUGGAUGAAACAGUGUGGGUUCUUGGUUUUAAAAAGAACGGGUGAAUUCAUCAUUGGUAAUAACCAUCAUUUGUAAACUGUUCUAUACCGGUUGAACCACUUGAAAGGAGAAAGGAAUAUAGAGUGACAUAAGUGCAGGAGGAUAAAAAUCCACUCGCAUUGACCAAGCUAGUGCUGAUUCAGUUCAUUACUCAUUGAGGAUAUGUAGCCGAAGCAUCCCGACAUCAACACACCAUUAGUGGGGUCGGAACUGAUUCUGACGUCAAGGACCGAAUACUCCAGCAAACCACCGGGAAACUUUUCCGUAGAAGGGCCCACCCGUCAACACGGCCAAGUGUAACAAGUUCUGUAAGAGUGACACGUGCUCCUUCCAGCGGCAGCAGCAGCCGUCGGUACUACACCGUGAAACGUGCACUGCUUGGGAAAUAACCCUACCAGAAAGCGUCGGAAUUCCAGUCCUGGGAAUCCGGAAACUCGGAGUUUACAGAAAGACGUGAUGAUAGUGCCGACUAAAUAAAAUAAAAAUCUCAUCGAGAAAUCAACUCAACAACGGGGGUCAGAUUUCGACGCAAGACGUCGCGCCAGAUGUGGCCAGAGUUUGUGAUUUGUGAGAAUUUCGGUGUGCUGAUUGCAAAGUAAAACAAGUGUCCAACCGUGAGGUCCGUUGAGUGACUUCAGCACUGAAACGUGUAUCCAGAGCAGCUGCCGUUCGUCACAUGGAAUAAACAACGGUUUGUGAGGUGGAAAGUUGUUCAAGAUCUGUAUUUGCUUGGGCGGAAAAAGCAAGAGACACGUGUUCGACGGGAGUUAGGUUCACGUGUCCACCAGGUCCGGCAUAGUGCAGUGACUGCCUCAAGACGAGGCGAUUUAUAAAUAAAUCGAAGAAUUGUGUUGAUUACGAACGGCGUGCUGUGAAAGAAGAAAUUUGAGCAUCAUGACUGGAAACGGAAUGGCGAAGAUUGGCGGUUCUGCUAGUUGGAGACGCUUUCCCGUGGAUUAAAUGGGACGAUGCCCAUCGUAGUGCACUCUAGCAACAAUUCUACACUCAAAGUACGGUGAUGGGUCAUUUUCGCCAUCAGCACCAUCACCGGGAUCAUUGCUGUCACUUCGGCCGGCCCAGGCCAUGGCUGCUCGCGCUGUUCGCUGUCGCCGUCGUCCUCCAGCUAACGUUCCAUCCUUGCUCCGGGCAUGCGUUCGAGCAGCAGCAGCUCAUCCAGAGCGAUGCUUCCGACGUGGAAUCUACCACCAGUGCCGUCGGAUCGGCCACUCUCCCACCGUGUGAGCCCAGAGUGCUCGAAGAUCUACCACCGGAUCCGUUUUACGACGUGUCCGAUCUGACCAUUCAAGCUGCCAAAUCGUUUGCCGAUUUUCUCGCUGCCAAACGGAUCGACACCAGCAAAGAUGACCGAAAGUUGAACGUGGCCCGUGAGAAAGCCAACGAACUGGCUAGCUUUGUGCUCAAGGAGGACAGUGGAUUACUUGCCGUUGGAAUCGCUUCACCCCGACUUCCGUUGGCUGUGGUGCAAUUUCGAGACAAAAUCGACGCCGCCCACGCCAAUUUGUCGGAGAGUAAAACGUUCCUGUCGACCUAUUGGCGCGAACUGGGAGCGGCGUGGAACCAGAGCAAUGGUGCCCAGUUUUGGGGUGCGCCUUUCCGGGACUGUGGUCCACUCUACGGGCGAUGGCUGUGGCCUUUCAGCGUGACGGUAGAAUCGCAAGGAUACAAAAUCGUCGCAUCCGCGUUCAUCGCGGCCGACGUGGACCAAUGCAACGACGCCCUGGAGGGAAUCUUCGGCCGGCGGCACAUCUGCGAUCGGGAGUCCACCUUUUGUCUGAUGUCGGACACGACGGAAUCGGCUGACACCGGGGCCACCUUCGGCAGCCGAGGGAAGUACACCUGCGUGUGCCGCGUUGGGUACUACAUUCCGAACGAGUCCUUCCAGGGGUUCACUUCCGACAAAAACGAUGCCAACGUUACGAACUUUAGUUGCAUUCCGUGUCCAAGUGCGUGCGAGUGCAACUGGGCUGGCAGCUGUAGCCGUCCGGACGAGGACUUCAGUACGGAAACGCUGAUGAAGGCCACCAUUGGUGCUAUUUUGGGAGCGUGUAUGCUUUGUUGUUUAGUGUUAGCGUUAAUAGUGUUCCGUCAACGAAAGUGCAAGACCAUUGCCACGGGGAUGUGGACCAUUUUAGAGACAAUUUUAUUCGGCAUUUUACUUUUGUAUCUAGCGGUUGCCCUCCACUUCCUGCAGGCGUCGACGUUGCGUUGCCUGCUGGAGCCCUGGUGCCGCGAGCUGGGCUUCAUCAUCUGUUACGGUGCAAUCGUGCUCAAGCUUUACCGCCACCUGGUGGAAUUCCGCACCAGAAAAGCUCAUCGAUGGGUUGUGAGAGAUUUAGAUUUGCUGCGCUACUUGUGCGCAAUGUGCGUUGCGGUUCUGUGCUAUCUGGCCGCAUUUACCGCCACCAGCAUGGACUUUCUCCGGUACAGCGAGCUGGUGUGGAAGGUGGAGAACACCGAUGACCAGGUCACGUCCAACAUGUGCCGACCGCUGAAGUGGGACUACGUGACCGAGGCCGGCGAACUGCUCAUACUGGGGUUCGGUCUACAGCUGGCCAUCGCCAGCCGCAAUGCCAACACUCAAUUUCGGGAACGUCAGUUUCUCGUCGCUUCUAUCCUAAUCGAAUUCCUCGCAUCAUCCACGUUCUACAUUCUACGGUUUUGGUAUCUGGGAGAGUUCAACCCUUCAACACUAUUCCUAGCACUGUUCAUUCGAUCUCAGCUGACCAACACAGUCACUCUCGCGCUGAUAUUCCUGCCCAAACUGUGGUACCAGCAUAAACAGCCCUUCCAGGUUCGUUCCCUUGCCCAUGAAGUAUCAUUCCGCUUACCUGUGGAUGCUUUCAAGGGUGCACACGACAGUUCCCACCAUGGCGGCGGCCUCGGCACCUAUGCCGGGAUCUGCGUCGGAGAUCCGGAGGUCGGCGACGUCACCAUCUCCGAGAUGAGCCCCGAGGACAUCCGCGCCGAACUGAAAAGACUGUACACGCAACUAGAAUAUUUAAAGAAUAAGACACUCCGACAAGACAAUCCACACAUUAGCAAACGAAGGGGAGGCCGCAAGGUGGCACAUCGUAGAUUCUCUUUACAGAAAAAAGGAAGCAGAGAAAAGGCACUAAGCGCCAAACAUCGCAACAAUCGUCCAGCGGUCAGCGAAGUGGAAGUGACCGAAGCGGAACCGUCCCGUACACCGGAAGAUUCGGUGUGCAGCGUGGAGGGCCCAACCGACACCGGAACGAUGACCGGGGCCGAAAUCUCGGGCGUCUCCAGCUCGAAAUAGCCAUCAACCACCAGUGGCAGCAACCACCAUGUACAACAACAAGCCCAGCAACAUCAGAAUCAUAAUCAUAGUCAUCGCAACAACAGCCAUUCUCAUCAUCAGCUGCAGCAGUCGUCGUCGUCGUCAUCGGCGCAAAAAUCACGUUACCGAGAGUACAAUUUUUAAAUGGGAAAACAAAUCAUCAGGAAAACAGCAUUUUCGGAAUGGGGUAAUUGUUAUCAUGUUCUAGGAAAAGAAUAAUUGACACUAUGUUAUCCAAAAAUAGCUAAUGGAAUAAUUGGAGACAAGCAAUAGUUUGGUACAAAUUAACAACAACUAAAAUCGAUAAUAGUAUUAAAGAAUAUAUUUUUCGUCUGAACAAUCGCGUAACUCAGCUAUAAAUUCAAAAAUCAAACAAUCGAAAAAUUGAAGAAAAAAAACGAAAAUUAGCACAAAAA